AUGCUUAUGAUAUUUCAACUCGUAAGGUGCUCAGAUAAAUUCACUGAUAAACAAGCUAUACAACCUAAUGAAUCUGAAGUUAAAAAUAUUGACGAAGAAGGUUUUAAUAUAGAUACAGCACAACUUGAAAAUUUACAAAUAACAGGACCUUAUGAACAAACUACUCAACCACCAAACCAACCAGAUCAACCAAGUUAUACCGAACAACCUGAAGAUGAACAAGGAGCUGUUGGAGGAGUUGGAGAAGAGCUUAGAGGAUCUAAUGGAGAUGAUAGUGAUGGAGAUGAGAAUUUCGAUGUUAUAGUAAGGGAAUUAGAAGAUUUGAUUGAAGAAGAUGAUUCUGUUGAAGAUACUUGUAAAGAAUCUAAACAAGAUAACCAACCACUAACACAGGCUAUAGAAGUUGAUUGGCAAACAAAACCUGAAGAACAGACAACAAACGUUAAUAAUAUAUUAGAAAUUGUCCUACUAAAGAGAGGCCCAGAUGGUAGUUUAAUUCCUAUGAAUAUAACAGAUUAUGCUAUAAAAGGAUAUGACCAAUAUGGUAUUAAAUUCGAGUUAAAUUCUCCUCUUGAAAUGUUGGUAUCAAAGAAAGAGGUGGUAUGGGUACACGAACAGAAUAAAGGUUAUCCUCUACAACUAAUGUAUAAAGAUAAAAAGGAUAUAUUCAUUCUGAUCUUCAAAUAUCUGUCGUUUGUUUACAAAAGAGUGGGGGAUCAUUGGAAUUUAAGAAUUUUGAGACCACCCAAAGGAAUUAGAAUGUAUGAUAUAGACAAACAAGGAAGAGUUUAUCCAAUAAAUCACAAUCAAUAUAUCGUGCAACCAACUGGGUUGGGUUCCUUUAGAUACAUACUUAAACAAGGAAUAAAGUGUAGAAUAGUUGAAUAUCAAAAUUGUAUAGUUUGGGGGAGAGACCCCAGUGCUCCAUAUGUCAGAACAUUUAGUUAUGUAAACGAUAAUCUAUUUAUAAUUUUUUUCCGUAAUCAUAUCGUUAAAGUUAUAAGAAUUAAUAACGAAUGGUUCCCUAUAACACUACCAAGAUUAUCAAAACUAACUGUUCCCCAAUUUUAA